CAGUUCGAAUUAGUUCUUCAAUCUCCUCAGACAUACCAACUAGACGCGGUUCAUAUUGAUUUUUCAUUUGUUUUUAUUUUAUAUAUUGUUUUGUGGAAAUUAUGUCACUUUUGCGCGCUUUAGCUGUCAACUCGCUCUUAUCAUUUGCGUUUCUGUUUUGCUUCGUGUACUGUGUACAUUUUGAAAAGUAUUGGACAACAACAACCACCACCGUCAAGCCGUGGCAUGUACGCCAGCCGGGCCUAUCACUACCGCUGCCCAAUAGUCACCCGUCCAAGUGUUUGCGUGAAGUGCCCGCGGUAUUCUUUCAGUUCGAGAAGGACAUGCAAGUGGUGGGCAACAGCACAAACAGUAUUUAUUUCAAUGUCAUAGAGGUCUGCUGCAAGGGUUAUAAACGCUACGACUUCGACUGGAACCGCUGUGUGCCGGAUUGCGGCAACAAAUGUCAGGCUAAUGGAUUUUGUAUGCCUGGCGGCAUUUGCAAAUGUUUUGAUGAAUUCGUUCACAAUCACCGCAAUGUCUGCAUACCGACUUGUCCGCUUGGCUGUCCGCAUGGGCAGUGUUAUCUGAAUGGCACCUGCAUUUGCGAGGCGGGCUACGAGUUGGAUCCGACACGAAAGUACUGCAUGCCGCGCUGUGAGUCCAGUUGUGCGCGCAAUGAGAUUUGCGUCGAGCCGAAUAAGUGCAAUUGUGCCGAGGGAUAUACGCAUGCGCUGCCUCCCAGCACCAUGGGCUGUCAACCUGUUUGCAUACCGGAUUGUGGUUUCGGACACUGCGUGGCGCCGAAUGAGUGCGAGUGCUUCCACGGCUAUCAAAAGCGCUUGAAUCGCAUAUCUUGUGAGAGUAACUGUUAUAUGCGUUGCGAAAAUGGCUUUUGUGCGAAUCAUACGACCUGCAUUUGUCAGAACGGUUACCGUUUCGACCAGAAUACGAGCUCUUGUCUGCCCGUUUGUGACGAAGAUUGCGAAAACGGCAUUUGCGUCUCGCCAGGCGUAUGCCGCUGCUUCAACGGUUAUGUGCGUCGCGGUCCAAAGUGCGAGGGUAUAUGUGAGGCUGGCUGCGGCUUUUAUGGCAAAUGCAUAGCGCCGAACGUUUGCGGCUGCUCUACAGUUGAGGGUCCCGUGCGCAACUUUCAACGCUGUGCACAUGGAAACUGCAAUUCCAAAGGUCGUUGUCGCUGCAAGGAGGGCUUUGUGCGUUUCAUCGAUCAGUGCAUGGAGCCAGAUAAGGUUACCACUUACGCAUCUAUGCGGCCCAGCAGACUAAAUCAGACACUGCUGCAGGAGUUUAAUAUGCUGGUCGGCAGACAUUUCAUGUUUCAUUUUCAAAUAACGCCCUACUACUGACAGAGCUACUUUGUAGGGGUUUAUGUAGCAAAAAAUAUAAAUAUAUAUAAAACUAUGAAUAUUUUCUUAUUCUAAA